UUGUGCCGCUGACUGUCGCAUGCUGGAGCAACUUAAACCAGCCUCACGGUUCCUCAUGGCAGCGCUAUAGCAAUCUACCUAUUUCUGACUGGACCUGACAAUUGUUUUUAACCCUUUCCCCUUAUGGAUCUGCAGGGGGCUGUUGCCCGCAGGAGGAGGAUGCUGCUGCUGUCUGGGACAGGCUCGAUAUUUCCCACAUGUCUGUUGUGUGCAUACGGUUUCUUUGCCAGUCUAAGGCCGUCCGAGCCCUUUGUCACCCCGUACCUACUGGGACCAGAUAAGAAUCUCACCGAGAGGCAGCUUUUCAAUGAAAUCUACCCAGUUUGGACAUAUUCAUAUUUGGCAUUGCUAUUUCCUGUAUUCAUUGCAACAGAUUACCUUCGAUAUAAGCCAGUCAUUAUUUUGCAAGGCUUGAGCCUUAUAAUUACAUGGUUUAUGUUAUUGUAUGUACAAGGAGUUCUGGCAAUUCAGUUCCUUGAGUUUUUCUAUGGCAUGUCAACUGCAACAGAAGUCGCCUAUUAUGCUUACAUCUACAGUGUGGUAGAUACUAAAAUGUAUCAAAAAGUUACCAGCUAUUGCCGCUCUGCAACAUUAACUGGUUACACGGUUGGUUCUGUAACUGCCCAGAUUCUGGUUUCAUUAGCCAACUGGUCUCUGUUCAGUCUGAACGUUAUUUCUUUAACUUGUGUCUCUAUUGCUUUUGCAAUUUCGUGGUUUUUACCAAUGCCUGUAAAUAGUCUUUUCUUUCACCAAACUUUAAACGACCAUUCAAAUAAAAACACAAAUAAUUUGGAUGCUUCAAAAAGAGACUAUGCUAAGAACAGCAAUUUGACAGCUGUUCAGGAGUCAGAAGAAAUUGAAUCACAAAUACCAUUGAAUAGUGAAAAACACACAGGUGGAAAUCAGAACUCAAAGAAAAACAGCAAUGACUUGAUAUAUGUGCUAAAAAUGCUAUGGAAGUACUUCCUGCAGUGUUAUUCCUCCCGGACACUCCUCUGCUGGUCAGUUUGGUGGGCAUUAUCGACAUGUGGCUACUGUCAAGUGGUAAAUUAUGCGCAAGGACUGUGGGAGAUGGUGGCACCAUCUUCCCAUACAAAUAUUUACAAUGGCAGCGUGGAAGCUGUUUGUACACUCCUAGGAGCUGUUGCUGUUUUUGCUGUUGGAUACAUAAAAACGUCAUGGGCCACUUGGGGAGAAUUAUUACUUGCUUUAUUUGCUAUUAUUAUCUCGGCUUCUGUGUAUAUUAUGGUUUACAUCAGAAAUAUCUGGAUUUGCUACGCAGCCUAUGUUUUUUUUAGGAUCAUUUAUAUGCUCCUCAUAACAAUUUCAACUUUUCAGAUUGCUGCUAAUCUAAGUAUGGAAUGCUAUGCCCUUGUAUUUGGAGUCAAUACAUUCAUUGCCUUGAUUCUGCAAACUUUGCUCACGUUAAUAGUUGUGGAUUCUAGUGUCCUUGGCUUAGACCUGUUUACUCAAUUUCAGAUUUAUGGCGGUUACUUCGCAGUUAUAUCAGUUAUUUUUUGUGUGAGUGGAUUAUACCGUCUUGUGAAAAGCUGCCAGAAACGAGAUGCACAGGAAUUGCCACAGACUUGAAACCAAUGCCAUAAGUGGGGCUUGCAAUGGCAACUGUAUGCGGGAUCACCAAAAAGUGCAUAGUGAAUGCACAAACCCUUAUAUUGUCCCUAAUUCAAUAAUGUUAACCCUUUGUGUUCCAAGUUUGCUCCAUAUUUGUUACAUUGAUUUAUUUUUUUUAUUUAUAGAAAUCUAUUUUUUUACUGACUUGAGUUAUGUAGUUCAACACAAACAUCUGCUAAUACAUUACGUAGUUGAUAAUACAAGGCUUAUAUAAAGGCAAAUACUAAAUGUAUAUAUAUUUUUUAAUUCUGUUAAAAAAUGUUAUGUUUUUCUUUAUGGUUUUAUUAGUGAAUACAUGGAACAUUAUUUAUUAUAGUAUUGUAUAAAUAAUAUAUAGAACAAUCUUAUUCCUAUCCCAACCAUUAAAUAUUAAAGUUAGAACCACUAUAUUUAUAAACAAUAUAUAUAUGUUUAUAAGAUAAGUGCAUUCUUGCUUUCGUUUAGCAACAAAUGCGGAAUAUGGCAGUGGCAUUCAGAUCUUUUUUAGAGACGGAUUUCUUAUUUUGAAAGUGCAACAUACAAAGAUCAGGAUUUUUUUCAGAAAUGUGUGCAAAUAUAUAUAUAUAUAUAAUAUAUA